AUGCAGUACGUCAGAAACAUCAGUGAUUCGGUGUCGACGACAUGGAACUCAAUCAACCCGGCUACCUUCAGUGGUGCCAUCGAUGUGAUCGUCGUCGAGCAAGAGGACGGCACUUUGGCCUGCUCGCCAUUCCACGUCCGCUUUGGGAAGGGCUCCGUGUUGCGCCCCUACGAGAAGCGAGUCGAGUUCAAGGUCAAUGGCGUCAAACAAGAAUAUGCCAUGAAACUCGGUGAAGGAGGCGAGGCUUUCUUCGUCUUCGAGACCACCGAUACGAUUCCGCAGAGUCUCCAGACCUCCCCUCUGGCGUCGCCGGCAUCCAGCCCACCGCUCCAGCCUGAGCGGAAUCCAGCAGGCGUCAUGUCGGAGCCCGACCUUCUACAGCUCGAUGGAGAUAGUGGUAAGCCCCGAUACUCGACAAUAGGAAGCCGACCAGGACCCGUCCCUAUCCCACGUCCAGGCUUGUUGACCGCCAUGUCCACAUCGCCAGACUUAACGCAAGGACGUCCAUCGAGAGGCUGGUCUGGAUCGCAUAAAAUGCCAUUCCACAGCGAUGACAUCCUCCCAUCCAGCGCGCGAGUUCACGCGAAACUUGAAGACUCCCCAGAUGCAUCCAUCCAGGACGAGAGUCCCCGCGCGUCGCAUAGAUCCAUCAGCCCCCCUCCCGUUGCUCCCCGAGAGGCUGUGCAGCGUGCGAUGACAUUGUCGAAGGAACUCUCGGCCGCUAACAUCCCGAGCCAUGUAACCGAGACGGGCGACUUGAUGCUGGACAUGACCGGAUUCAAGAGCAGCGAAGAAGACGCCAUUCGCGCUGAGGUUGUGGCCCGCAGGAUUUUGGCCGAGGAGCUGGAAGGGGACUACGACAUCGGAGCCCUAUUUGGUAUGGACGAGGAUGGUAACUUGUGGAUAUACAGUAGUGGGGAGGCCAAGGAGAGCGCAAUGAAAAAGACAAUGGCUUCAUUGAAGCAAUCACCUGCUCCUCUUGCCAUCGACGCAUCGUCGGAUCCGGGCUACGCAAGCGAUGACUCAGCCUCGUCUAUGCCUGAGCCAUUGCACCGACGAAGCGAGUCUGAUGCUGGACACAUGAGUGUUGGCACACCACCAACCACGCCUGGUGGAAGCUCUGCAGGCAACCCUAAUCGAAACUACGCCAAGACACUGCGCCUGACUAGUGAUCAAUUGAAAAAGCUGAAUCUAAAGCAUGGCGAGAACUCGCUCUCCUUCACCGUCAACCGGGCUACUUGUACAUCUAGCAUGUACCUGUGGCAGCACGAUGCUCCUGUUGUUAUUUCAGACAUCGACGGAACCAUUACCAAAUCGGAUGCUCUAGGACAUCUGCUCCCUAGAAUCGGCCGUGAUUGGACCCAUGCGGGUGUGGCAAAGCUUUACAGUGAUAUUGCUGCCAACGGGUACAACAUUAUGUAUCUUACCAGUCGAUCCGUCGGUUUGGCUGAUGGCACAAGAACUUAUAUUUAUGGGAUUGUACAAGACGGUUACAAACUGCCUCGCGGCCCUACGAUUCUUUCACCGGACCGGACGGUCGCGGCCUUGCGGCGGGAGCUGUAUAUCAAGAAACCGGAAGUCUUCAAGAUGGCUACGCUCCGUGAUAUCCGCAACCUAUAUGGCCACGAGAAACACUGUUUCUAUGCCGGGUUUGGUAACCGUCUGACGGACCAAAUUUCGUAUCGCACGGUCGACGUGCCGCGCAGCCGCAUCUUCACCAUCAACUACAACUCCGAGGUAUCGCUCGACCUCCUUGCCCUUAACAAGCUGAAAUUAUCCUACGUCAACAUGAAUGACGUCGUCGAUCACUACUUCCCACCCGUCAGCACCCUCGUAAAGGGUGGGGGCGAGCAGUACACCGACUUUACAUACUGGCGGAGUCAACCCCUGGAUUUAGAUCAGUUCUCCGCGAGCGAAGACGACGAGGAUGCGGAUGAUGCCCGGAGCUUUGCAGAGGAUGAGGAAGAGGAAGAUGUGGGCAACAUGGGAGAUUCCUACCUUUCACGUGUGUACGACGAUGAUGCACCAGAGAGCAUCCUAAGCGGCAGCGGGAUUCACGAGGACGAGCAGAACAUGAUCGGAAGCAUGAUUGAAGAUGACGAUGCGGACGAUGAGGAUGAUGAGGAACUAGAAGAGGAAGAUGACGUCGUCGAGAACACCCAACAGCAGCUGCAUGCGCCGGAAGCUGAGGGAGCUAAGAGGACUCCUAGUCCUAUCGUGCAAGAUAAUUUCGCCGAGGUGAUCACGGGCAUCAGUCACCUUGGGAUCGAGAAGCCAGUGAAAAAUACUGAGGGCCAGGAACUGGAAUCUCGGUGA